AAGAGGUCCUUUUUUCCUGUUGACGUGUAUGCUUGUCAGCGAUAUGUGAAACUAAACGAAACGGAGGAAAUAAAACAUUACAUAACUUUCCUUUAAAUACUUUUAACCUUGUUUUUAGUGGCGUCCUUAAACCGUCACUGAAGAUGGAGACGCUUUACCAUCAGACCAAUAAACAAAUCCAGGAGGUUCAGUCUCACAUGGGAAGACUGGAGACAACAGACCGACAGUCAGUCCAUUUACUUGAAAAUGAACUUCAAGCAAGAAUUGACCAGAUCUUUAAUCAGCUGGAGCGACUGGAGAUACUGGCCAGUAAAGAGCCACCAAACCGCCGGCAAAACGCCAAACUGCGUGUUGAUCAGUUGAAGUAUGAUGUGCAGCAUCUCCAGACCGCCCUGAGGAACUUCCAGCACCGCCGUUACGCUCGCGAGGCUCAGGAGAGAGAAAGAGAGGAGCUCUUGAGCCGAAGCUUCACAACAAACGAUGCAGACACCUCCAUCCCUAUUGAUGAAACCCUGCAGUUUAAUAGCAGUCUGCAAAACGCUCACAGAGGAAUGGACGACCUGCUGGGCUCCGGCUCCAGCAUCCUUAACGGCCUGAGAGACCAGAGGAGCACGCUUAAGGGUACCCAUAAAAAGAUGCUGGAUGUGGCAAACAUGUUGGGUUUGUCGAACACGGUCAUGCGUUUCAUUGAGAAGCGAGCAUCGCAGGACAAGUUCAUCAUGAUGGCUGGAAUGCUGGCUACUUGCUUUGUCAUGUUCCUGGUGGUGAAAUACCUGAGCUGAACUCUCCCAGCUUGAGCCGACCCCUGCUGCUCGAUG